AAACUGGGGCGCGACACGAUGUACGUCAUAUCCGGUUUAUUUGCAGCUACCGCUGAAGUUCGCAGUUUCAGUUGCUAUGCCUGCUACAGUGAGAUAAGAAAACUAAAUACAAACCUUUAACCCUCGAGGACAGUGGCUUAAUUUGUGCAGCUCAACGUCCGUUGUGUACGAGUGAGAAUUAGACAUGUUUUCCCUGUCAAUGACUGUCCAGCCACAGGUGACUGUCCCUCUUAGCCACCUCAUCAAUGUCCUUCACUCUAUGAAGAGCUCAGUGGGCAGCAGCAGCAGCGCCUCCUACAAAUCAAGAAAACACAAGGAGCAAGCCUCAGACUCCGAACGACACAGCACAGAGCCCAUGUGGAAUCUGCGUGAGCUUGGCUUAUCAGACCUGGGAGCACAGCAACUGGAUGAGCUGGUGAACAGUGUGUUCCCUCGCUUGAGUCCACAGGAGACGCCACUUUGUUUGGGUGGACAGACAGCCUGGAGGACCUCACAUCUUUCUACACACUCCUUUUACUCCAAUAAGCAUGGCUUCUCGUGUGGUGCAAUGCCCAUGUCUUAUUCCAGGCAACACCCCAUGCUUCUCCAGUCUGUCUGCACAGAGCUUCAACACUGGCCCGUGUGGGUUCCAAACAGAGGCUUUAAAACUUUAAAGAGCAAAACCAGACGACUGCAGUCCGCCUCUGACCGCGCCCAGGACUCUGAGGGAUUCACACCAUCUUUUAUGAAGGGUUUCCUAACACGUGACAAGGGGAUAGAAGUUGACAAUCUAGACAGUCUGGUUAAGAAGAAGAGUCUACCCGAGGGGCAGCAGGAUGCUUUCAAGAGCGGCUUUGCUGAGGGUUUCCUGAAAGCCCAAGCCUUGACACAACGCACGCAAGACUCUUUUAGGAGGACUCGUCUAAUCCUGCUGGUGCUGCUUCUUGUUGGGCUCUAUGGCCUCUCCAAGACCCCUUUCAUAUCGGUACGGUUCCGAACCACAGCAGGCCUGGACUCUGCAGUGGACCCCGUCCAGGUGAAAAAUGUGACAUUUGAGCAUGUCAAAGGGGUAGAAGAAGCGAAGAACGAGCUGCAGGAAGUUGUGGAGUUCCUGAAAAACCCAGAGAAGUUCACAGCCUUGGGUGGAAAGUUGCCAAAAGGCGUUCUACUGAUUGGUCCUCCAGGGACUGGGAAGACGCUACUGGCCAGAGCGGUGGCAGGAGAGGCCGAUGUGCCAUUCUACUACGCCUCCGGGUCCGAAUUUGACGAGAUGUUUGUUGGAGUGGGAGCCAGCCGCAUCCGGAAUCUUUUCAGGGAGGCUAAAGGCAAUGCUCCCUGUGUGAUCUUCAUUGAUGAGCUAGACAGUGUGGGUGGGAAAAGGAUCGAGUCUCCCAUGCACCCUUACUCCAGACAGACUAUCAACCAACUGCUUGCAGAGAUGGAUGGGUUUAAACCAAAUGAAGGCGUGAUCAUUAUUGGAGCAACCAACUUCCCAGAAGCUUUGGAUAAUGCCCUGAUCCGCCCAGGACGCUUUGACAUGCAGGUGACUGUACCCAAACCAGACGUGAAAGGACGCACAGAGAUCCUCAACUGGUAUCUGAAGAAGAUUAAAAUGGAUCCAGCUAUUGAGGCCAAUAUCAUUGCCCGGGGCACAGUGGGCUUCUCUGGCGCUGACCUGGAAAAUUUGGUCAACCAGGCUGCUCUGAAGGCAGCAGUUGAUGGCAAAGACAUGGUCACCCUGAAGGAGCUGGAGUUUGCUAAAGACAAAAUCCUCAUGGGCCCUGAGAGAAGAAGUGUAGAAAUAGACAAAAAAAACAAGCUCAUCACAGCGUACCAUGAAUCGGGCCAUGCAAUCGUGGCUUUCUACACCAAAGAUGCCAUGCCGAUUAACAAGGCUACUAUCAUGCCCAGAGGCCCCAGUCUGGGACAUGUGUCCAUGCUCCCAGAGGACGAUCGCUGGAGUGAGACUCGCUCUCAGCUGCUGGCCCAGAUGGACGUCAGUAUGGGCGGCCGUGUAGCAGAGGAGAUUAUAUUUGGCCAGGAGUACAUAACAACUGGUGCAUCAAGCGACUUCGAUGGUGCCACAAAGAUUGCUAAAAUGAUGGUCACCAGAUUUGGAAUGUGUCAAAAGUUGGGUGUGAUGACCUACACUGACAUGACAGCCCAGAGCCCGGAGACACAAGCAGCUGUGGAGCAUGAAGUCCGAGUAUUAUUGAAGGAGUCUUAUGAGCGUGCCAAAGUCCUGUUGAAGUCUCAUACCAAAGAGCACAAAGACCUGGCAGACGCUCUGCUCAUGUAUGAGACACUGGAUGCCAAAGAGAUUAAGCUGGUCCUGGAGGGCAAGGCCCUGGAGACCAGAUGAAACUUGCAAGCACAUCAACAAUCAGGGGGUAGCAACAAGGGGAAGGGGUCAGAUUUGUAGAGCUCAGGGGUCACUUCAUGAGCAGUGAUGGUCAUGGUCUGCAUUCUCAAAGUCUCUGGAUAAGUAAGUACUCAUGUGGGACUGUGUCAUAUCCUCACGCUGUCCCCUUCGUUUAAUCCCAUCGAUAUUCCCAGAUAGGUAAUUCUGUCAUGUGCCACUUAAACAACAGGUACAUGUUAAGGAGGUUGCUCAGGUCACUUCAUCAGUUGCUGGGAGGAAAUAAUACAUUAAUGUAAUUAUGCACCUCAAACAGAAAAGCAGCAUGUUAAAUAUUGUUAAUUUUUGAAUAAGGAGUUGAAAUUUGUUUAAAAUCUGUUUAGUCAGGUCUGUUUAGACCUGUUGAUGGGAAAUGCUCAUCUUUAGCCCAAAGAGCUCCCAUGUAAUCAUAAUAAAAUUAUAACUAAAUCUCAACUCCUAUUUAUCACUUGUCUUCCAGGGUUUGUGUUCAUAUGCCAUUUGUCUAGUAUAUCUUCAAGGUCAGGCGACACUCUCCACUUCUAGCUUGUGUGUCUCUUAGUAAGAACCAAGAAGUGUCACAAUGGCGUGCUGCUCUUUGACGUUCCAUCGGAUUCUUCGAGAUGAUCGGAGGAUCGUGUAUAUGUAUUUAUCUACACCUACACUCUGUGUAUGUCCCUGUUUCUUAUUUUAAAUGGUGGCCUUUUGGGAAUGUACUGUUAAGUGUUUUGUUUUUAAAGAAGGAAGUAUAUCAACAAUUACUGAUGCUCAGAUUUAAAAAGCAUGCAACAUCUUGGGAUAGCGCAUUGGGAACUUUACGAUUUUAAAGUUGCAAUGUUGGCCUAACCUCAAGAUCAGUUAUUGAUUGUUGAUGUCUCCUUUGUCAUUAUUUCAAAGCAGAUUUCUCACAUUUGUGCGCUAUACCUUUCUGUUUCGACACAUUUAGUGCAGUGGAAGAAAGAUGCCAAUCUUUAAUGCCUACUUGCAAAGCUGUAGAAAGGAAGUCUAAUUGUCAAGUGAAAUUCUUGACUAAUGUGACAUUUAUUCAACACAGAUUGUGGGUAGAAACAUGCAGUUAUGCCUCUUAAGAUGUUGUUCAAAAUGUCAAGUGAAUAGUUGCAGCAGUGUAUGUAACCCAUAUUUUAGAAUUAUUUUUAAUUGAAAGUAUAACUCAUGUCAAGAUUUCCACCAGCAUAUGUACUUCAUGUUCCCUUCUUUUUCUUUUUUUUUGCUUCAAAUUGGGACACAAGUUCUUCAGUUUCUUGGCCUUUUAUUCAUGUUUAGCUGUAUAUAUGAUUGGGAUGUCAUGGGAACAUUGUAUAUAAAUGUAUAGUGAUGCUUUUAUGCUGAGAAGUCAUUGAAUGUCUCUCUGCUGUUGAUUGACAAUCUCUCAACGAUGGAUGUGGUUAAUGAAUGUUUGUGCAGCUGAGAUAAAUAAAAAGAAUCCCAAAUAAUGUG